GUGGGUGGGUAUGCGUCUGCUCUGCCUCCCACCUGCAGGACUUCACCAUGACCCUCUAUCUGAGGCACUAUUGGAAGGACGAGAGGCUGUCUUUUCCAAGCACGAACAAUCUGAGCAUGACAUUUGACGGCCGGCUCGUAAAGAAGAUCUGGGUCCCUGACAUGUUCUUCGUGCACUCCAAACGCUCCUUCAUCCACGACACCACCACAGACAACGUCAUGCUGCGGGUCCAGCCCGAUGGGAAAGUGCUCUAUAGCCUCAGAGUGACAGUGACGGCGAUGUGCAACAUGGACUUCAGCAGGUUUCCGCUGGACACGCAGACCUGCUCCCUGGAAAUCGAGAGCUACGCCUACACAGAAGAUGACCUCAUGCUAUACUGGAAAAAGGGCAACGACUCCUUAAAGACAGACGAGAGGAUCUCCCUCUCCCAGUUCCUCAUCCAAGAGUUCCACACCACCACAAAGCUGGCCUUCUACAGCAGUACAGGCUGGUACAACCGUCUGUACAUUAACUUCACUUUACGCCGCCACAUCUUCUUCUUCCUGCUCCAAACCUAUUUCCCCGCCACCCUCAUGGUCAUGCUGUCCUGGGUGUCCUUCUGGAUCGACCGCAGAGCUGUGCCUGCCAGAGUUCCCUUAGGCAUCACCACGGUGCUGACCAUGUCCACCAUCAUCACGGGCGUGAAUGCCUCCAUGCCCCGAGUGUCCUACAUCAAAGCCGUGGACAUCUACCUCUGGGUCAGCUUCGUGUUCGUGUUCCUCUCGGUGCUGGAGUACGCGGCUGUCAAUUACCUGACCACAGUGCAGGAGCGGAAGGAACGGAAGCUACGGGAGAAGGUCUCCUGCAGCUGCGGACUGGCCCAGCCCCGGGCAGUGAUGCUGGACGGCAGCUACAGUGACGGGGAGGUGAAUGACCUGAGCGGCUACAUGCCUGAGAAUGGCGAGAAACCCGACAGGAUGAUGGUGCAGCUGACCCUGGCCCCUGAGAGGGGCUCUCCCCAGAGGAAAAGCCAGAGAGGCAGCUACGUGAGCAUGAAGAUCAACACCCAUGCCAUCGAUAAAUACUCCAGGAUCGUCUUCCCAGCCGCUUACAUCUUGUUCAAUCUGAUAUACUGGUCGAUUUUCUCUUAGAGGUCUGUAAUUCUGUAAACCUCGCCUUCUUCAUGGUUUGUAUGCACUACAGAAAUUGCUGUGAACGACAAAGUAUGAAAACCACCCCAGUGCCCCGCUGGGCUUUCACUCUCCCUUCUUCAGCCGUGCAAAGCUGCACUGACAAGACAGCGUUUUUCUAUGUAUUAAGCAUCAGUUGUACACACAGUAUUAUGCGAGGCGUUGUAGGAAUUUGUCAUGAUAGCAACUGGUAUUAGCUGUUCCCAGAUCCUGGGAAGAGCACAGAGGACACAUGGUCAUGCUGCAUUUCAGUGCCGGGCCCUGGGUUCUCUCCUCAUGGAGGCCUUCCUUCAUGGGUGGCACUGUGUUCUUUAGACCAUGCAGAACUGGAGAGCACCUGAAUAAAACUCAUUUGCACGGAGCCCACGUGCACAUAAGCCCCUUCUGGUGACAAGCUGUGCUUUGGUCUGUCCCUGCACCUGUGCGGCACCCCCCACAGUUAAUGUAAGGUAGUGUUGUUCAUGCUUCGGUCUGUCCCUCUGUCCACUCGCAUAGUUAACGUAUGGUAGUGAUGUUCACAGGCUCUCUUUAACAAGCUAUAGAUAAUCUCCCCUUAUGAGAAAUGCUCUUUAGAUGGUUGACUUUUCUCUGGCAGAGAAACUCUGAAGAUGGAGAUACGUGUAUGCAUUCUGUCUGUCCCGUGGAGCUGAGUGUGCUAGAGAACCGUGUUCCUUUCUCUGUUUCCUAGUCACUGUUUCGUGCCUCUCUACCACAGAGCACGUGCUCUUUCAAAAUGAACUGUUUUCUCAGUAGCAUGAUAUUAUCACGGAGGAGCUCGAAGAGGUAUUAAUUUCUUCUGAAUAAUCAGCAUUUCAAGGAGACUUGAGGUGAUACAGCUCAUGAGAAUGAGAAGCACACAAUUUCUUAAGAGAAAAUAACAUCAAAAAGCAAAAGAAACAGAUAGACGUCUGCAUUUCCAGUCUGAGAGCCAACACUGUCUAGGAACUAGACAGCAGUUAUCAACUAGAUUGAGCGUUCAAUAGACCAGAUGAUGAUGUCAGUCAUCACUUGUAAUUUGAUGUGUUAUUUUAAAAUAAUGUUUAAAAAAAUAAGCCUUCAUGUUAUUUAUCUAGAAGACAUAGAACAAGUCCAACCAAACUUGCCCAAAAGUAACUUAACAGUAUGGUGUUUUCUCCGGGCUACAUCUUUCACUCACAGAGACAGAGACGUCUAUUUAGCAUCUGUUCACAUCCCAGCAGCCUCUAAAACAAGUUAAGACAUUGCCCUUUAAUUGUGGUUGUGUUUGCCGGGCAGUGGUGGUGCACGCCUUUAAUCCCAGUACUCAGAAGGCAGAGGCAGGCGGAUCUCUGUGAGUUCAAGGCCAGCCUGGUCUACAAGAACUAGUUCCACAACAGGACCCAAAAGCUACAGAGAAACUCUGUCUCAAAAACCAGAAAAAAAAAAAGAACUGUGGUUGUGUUCAGAGUUUAGUGAGACAUGAAUGAUAAUGUAACAUUGUGGAAUAUAUUAAUAAAAAGGAGGUGGUCUAAGAAACCCAUCCAGGAGUGCUAGGAAAACACCCUUCAUAUAUGUCCUUCUAUCUCCCAUGAUUUCAAAGUUAACUUGUUGGAUCAAUGCUAAAUAAUAUAUGCAUGCCUGUUCUUUAUUCUGAUUUUUAAAGAACUAUUUGCAAAGUCCUACUUAGACAGUCUUUCAUUUCCCCCAAUGAGAGUCCUACUUAGAUAGUCUUUCAUUUCCCCCAAUGUAAGGCCACCAAAAGCUUUUUGCAAUACACAAGUAGUAAACUUAGAAGGGCACAAAUUAAACUAUUAAUUAUCAUUGAUAUACAAAAUGACUGUUUGUUUUACCAAGCAUGGUUUACACAUGCCUGAAAUCUCAACACUUGGGAAGUAGAAGUGGGAGGACCUGUAGUUCAAAGCUAGUCUUAGCUUUAUAGCAUAUUGGAAGGCAGCCUGGGCUAUGUGAGGUUUAAAAAGAUUAGUUUCCAUUUUUAUUUUAUGAAACAAUUAUCAUUAAAGUCAACAUCUUUGCCACUGUCUUCUCCCUCACCACUAGGGCCACUGAGUUGUCUAAACUAAUCCUUACCUACUGUUUGGGAUACUCUAGCAUUUGAGGUAGAGUGUAGAAUGUUCUACUAGUCUGCUAACCUGCUAUAUCAAAGACUGUAGGCCAAAUGGCUUGGUCAACAGAGAUUUCUUUUCUCACAAUUCUAGAGACUAAUGUUCAAGGUCACAGAUGACAGAUGCUGACAGAUGUAGUUUCCCCAGAGGCCUCUCUUCCUGACUUUCCAAUGGCCACCAUCUUGCUGUAGGUACCCUUGCCUUCUUUCCUUUGUUCCCGCCAAUGUCCAGAUCCCUUUCUCCCUAGUUAUAUUUUGUCAGAACCCACAUCCAUGGCCUCAUUUAACCUGAGGUACUUCUUCAGAAGCCUUGUCUAUAGGCCAUUUUUCUAUAGCAAUCUCCUCCCAGUUAGAAUACUUUAUCUUGGAGGGAAGCUCCUUAGGAUGUGCUUAACAAAAGGUGAUGCCCUCCAUCCCACACGAAAGAAGACCAUUCAAGUUAAGUUCAGGAAGCAAACAACUCAAAAGUUUCAGGAAGCCCCUGAAACUAAAUAGAUAAACUAUCUCCCUCCACCAAAUAAACAUAAGCAAUAAGAGCCACUGAGAGUAACUUUCAGGUGAUCCAAGCUGUCUGGAAAAGGCAAAGACCAGCUAAGCUAUUUGGAGGGGACACAUUCCAACACAUCCAGUUGUCUGCAAGUCAUGGCAAUGAACUCCAGAUUUCCAGCUAUUGUGGGUUUUCACCCAUGAUGGGGUGGGCUUCGGUGAUGCAGCUGUCUUUGAAUAAUUUCUGCACCUCUAAGUAACCCCAAUAAAGCUCAUUGGUUCACCAAGUUGGACUUUGGUGGUAUCUUUAAUUUGGUCUGUCAUUGGUUUGGAGUGGUACGUUUGCUCACGUAUGCACAGGAACAGUGUCAUACAACACCAUCACGUACAUUUGAUAACAUAUGCCCAUGGAAAUCUAUUUGCAUCACAGUACACCUAAUAUUUUAUACAUAGUUAUACUAUAGCAUUUAGGGAAUGACAAGAAAAAAUCUGGGGACUGGAGAGAUGAUUCAAUGGGUAAGAGCACCACUACCAAGUUUGAGAAACUGGUUGAAAUCACCAACACCCACCCAGAAACUGUGUGUGGCCAUGUGUGUGUAUGCCUGCAACCCUAGUGCUGUGGUGUGUGUGUGUGUGUGUAUAGGGGGCACAGUGGAGACAGGAGGACUUUUGGAGCUUGCUGACCACUAGCCUAGCUCUAGAUUCAGAAGGAGACAGUGUCUCAAAGAAAUAAGUGUAUGGUAAUGAAACUAGACACCCGAUAGUCUUCUCUGGUCUUUUUGAGUGCACAUUCAGCAUGUGAAGUCACCAUACACAUAUGCAUAUGCUAUACACACAUACACACAUGAAAAUAUGUCUGCAUGUGUUCAAUAAUGAUGUGUUAUUACCAAUAAGUUUUUAUUGAAAGUUAGUUAAAUAGCUGGAUGCAGAACCUGUAGAUAAGAAAAGCCAACUAUAUUUGAUAAUUCUGUGUGUGUGUGUGUGUGUGUGUGUGUGCAUUUGUGCUUGUCUGUAGAGGCUAGAAGUUAACACAGGGAUGUCUUUCCCAAUCAAUUCAGAGUCUCUCACUGAUCUUCAAGCUUGCUUUUUGGCUAACCUGGCUGCAUAGUGAGGCCCUCGAUCUCCCUGUCUCUGGGUGCAGCACUGGGUUCCAUGCAGCACUGCCACACUCAGCUUUCCUAUGGGUUCCGAGAAUCUGAAUCAGGACCUCAUGCUUGCAGCAAUCAGUUGCCUGCUGACCUAUCUCUCCAACCCUCCAAACUCUUUUUCCUUAUUUUGAAAAUAGGUUCUUUCUGUGAGUUUGAGGUCAGUCUAGUCAACAAAGUGAGUUUUAGGACAGCUAGGGCUGUUACACAGAGAAACCCUGUCUCGAAAAAAUCAAAACAAACAAGCAAAUGAAAAUAGAUUUUCUUACAUAAUAAAUCCUGACUGUGGUUUCCCUCCCUCUACUCUCCUCCAUCUCCCUUAGAACAGGCUUCUUAACAACCAAACAUGACAAAAUAAAACAUACAACAAAAACCAUCACAUUGAGGCUGGAAAAGGAAUCCCAACAGAAGGAAAAGAGCCCCAAAAGCAGACACAAGAUUCAGAGACCCACUUGAUUCACACACUCAGGAGUCCUGUAAAAAUACUAAACUAUAAUAUAUACUCAGAAGAUCUGGUACAGACUGGGUUAGCCUUGUGCAUGCUGCUUCAGGCUCUGUGGGUUCAUAGGAACCCUGUUUAGUUGAUUUAGACAGCCUUGUUCUCCUGGUGUGCUCCAUCCCCUCUUAAAUCUUUCUGUCACCUCUUCCAUGGGAUACUGAGCUCUGAGGGGAGGAAGUUGAUGAAGACAUCCCAUUUAGAGAUGUGUGUUCCAAGGUCUCUUUCUUCUGCAUAGUGUCCGGCUAUGGGUCUCUGUAUUUGUUUAUCAUGGAACGUCUUAUUUUCUCCACCUAGUUUCUGGGUAUAGUAGUCCGAGAUGGAAUCUGUGGUCUCUCAGAGUUUGCAGCAUGUCUGUCCAGACCUUCCGGCUUUUAGUGUCUCCACUGAGAAGUCAGGUGUAAUUCUAAUAGGUCUGUCAUAUGUUACUUGGCCUUUUUCUUUGCAGCUUUUAGUAUUCUCUUUGUUCUGUACAUUUAGUGUUUUGAUAAUUAUGUGCCAAGGGAGCUUUCUUUUCUUGUCCAAUCUAUUUGGUGUUCUGUAUGCUUCUUACACCUUUAUAGGAAUCUCCUUCUUAGGUUAGGAAAACUUUCUUCUAUGAUUUUGCUGAAAAUAUUUUUUGGGGGUCUUUGAACUGAGAUUCUUCUCCUUUCUCUAUUCCUAUUAUUCUUAGAUUUGGUCUUUUUAUAGUGUCCCAGAUUUCCUGGAUGUUUUGUGUCAGUUUUUUAGAUUUAACAUUUUCUUUGGCCAAUAUAUCCAUUUCUUCUA